CAGACUCCUCCAACUAUGACACCUCAUCCUUCUCCAAACCACAAGUUUUCACCCAACAGAUUCUCUUCCCUGAGACAUUCACUCACACAAAUAAACCAGAACCGCAAAUCUUUGCCAGUGGCCUCUUCCAUCUCUCUCUCUCUUUUGUAAAUUACUGGGAAAAGAAAGAGAGCAAACGCUAGCUAGCUAAUAAUGGCUGCCACAGCAUCUCCAAUGGCUAGCCAGCUCAAGUCCAGCUUCACUUCCUCCGCGAGGAAAUUUCUGACUGUCCCCAAGGGCAUUUCCGGCGCGUCCUUCAGAGUUUUGCCCACCACCAGACGCUCUUCUUCCUUCACUGUCAAGGCCAUUCAGGCCGACAAGCCGACGUACCAAGUGGUGCAGCCGAUCAACGGCGACCCUUUCAUCGGCAGCCUGGAGACUCCGGUCACGUCCAGCCCACUGAUCGCCUGGUACCUCUCCAACCUUCCCGCUUACCGGACCGCGGUGAGCCCACUCCUGAGAGGGAUCGAAGUGGGCCUGGCCCAUGGGUUUCUCCUCGUGGGCCCGUUCGUGAAGGCCGGCCCGCUCAGGAACACGGAGUACGCCGGGGCAGCGGGUUCCUUGGCCGCCGCCGGUCUGGUGGUGAUCCUCAGCCUCUGUCUGACCAUGUACGGAGUCGCCUCCUUCAACGAAGGGGAGCCGUCGACCGCCCCGAGCCUGACGCUGACCGGGAGGAAGAAGCAGCCUGACCAGCUGCAGACCGCCGACGGGUGGGCGAAAUUCACCGGAGGGUUCUUCUUCGGCGGGGUUUCAGGGGUGACCUGGGCUUAUUUCCUUCUCUAUGUUCUUAACCUUCCUUACUACGUCAAGUAGAGUGGUGGGCGGAUAGGGUGAAUUCAAACAGCCAGAAGAUGAAAUGUGUAAUUCCGAUUUGCCACCAUUUUACAUUGCUCUGUAAUUGUGUAUCUAUUAAUGCUGAAACAGACUUGUGAACAACUGAACAUAGCUUCCUAGACAUUUCUGCUGUCUGAACAUUUCUAUCCUUCCUUCGGGGCGAACUGGAAUCAUUCUGAUGUUUUGUUUCUGAAGAGCUGGAAUCAGUCUAAUGGGUUGGAUUUUCUUUGUGUGCUGGGUAUUUUUUUUGGGGUUCUGUUAUCUGCAGAAUAUGCCUCUUCGUUGGAGUACUUAAUCGAUGAAAUCCAGCAGUAAGAUCUGACUUGCUGUACAGGGAUAUUCUGCUCCUGUUGCUGGGAAAUAUGCACGAAGUCACCAAGAUAAGCUUAGUAGCUUGAUACUUCUCAAUCCACCUGAAUGAAUCUGAACUUCUCUGGCUUCUUAAGGUCUGUCAUUUCUGCUUCUAAUUUUGGAUGCCGAGUAACUAAAACUACUUGUUGGCUUCUUAAGGUCUGUCAUUUCUGCUUCUAAUUUUGGAUGCCGAGUAACUAAAACUACUUGUGCUUGAUUCUUACUCCACGCUAAUGCAAACCUUCCAUCAACACUAUACUUAUUCUGCAACUUCUUGCUGGGUGAAAUUUUUCAGGUGAGGUGAUAGAUCCUUGUAGGGAAGAAGAGAAUUGGGAAUGAGAAUUAGGGAUUGAGAAGAAGAAUUUUAGGGGUUUGAGAGAAUUGGGGAAGAACAAGAGAAAGAUAUGUUUAGGGAUUUUGAUAUUCUUAUUGCUUAAUUCCCAAAUGAAUGUACAGAACCCAU